AUGUCUGACUGGGAUCAAGUCACCAAGAUCGGCAGCAAGGCCCGUGGUGGCGCUGCUGGCCCUCGUGAGACCGUCAUCAAGGGAAAGAGCGCUCUGAACGCCGCUCAGCGCAGCGGUGGUAUCGUUGCCACUGAGAAGAAGUUCGCUACCGCCAACGCCGCCAGCAAGGGUAUCGAAGGCCAGCACUUGACAAAGGUCGACCGCAGCGAAGACAUUGUCGCAACCAAGAAGGUGCCCGACGAUGUCGCCAAGGCCCUCCAGCAGGCCCGCCAGCAACUCAAGAACCCCAAGGGCGCCACCAUGACCCAGAAGGACCUUGCCUCCAAGGCCUCGGUCGAUGUCGCCUACGUCGCUGCUCUCGAGCGCCCCGGUGCCGACUGGCCAGGCAUGGACUUUGUCCAGAAGAUCCAGAAGGCCGCCAAUGUCCGCCUUACCGGUGCCAAUAUCGGCGCUCCCAUGUUCGGCCCCAAGAAGAAGUAG